CACAAAAGCAUAUUUUUGGAGGAUUGUGGACAGUCUCAGCAUUCAGCUUCAUCAUGGCUGGAUGCCUGUUGUUUGUCAUCCUCACGUUUGCAGGUUCUGAGGAAGUGAACAAACAGGAACCUCAAAAUGAGAAUGUAAGUCAUGUGGUAAAAUAUCAAAUAUAUUUGUCAUAUCCAUAAAUAGAUGCUACAGUUGGUUUCGCUUUUUCCCCAGUCUGACACAUGCCAUUUGUACUCCACCAUCCCUCGAUGAACCAGUUGCAGUACGUACGGUGUUCAGCACCUUGACGACAACAUGAAAUGCAAAUAAUUUUAUACUGUACAAAGGGAACUGUUAGAAAUGUGAAAUUUGAGUUUAAAACUUGACACUGUAUAAUCUAGAUGUAAUAUACUUUUCUCAGAUUUUCCAGCCAGCUUCAAUUUUAAAGUUGUGAUUUAAGAAGCACAGCAUAUUUCAACCUACAUUAUAAUUUUGCUUCUUUUUUUUAAAUUAAAAAACAUAUUUACUCAUAUUCAUGUUUUAUAAUGUUCAUAUUUUUUGUAACUGGAUAUAGUCUGACUUACAUCCCCUAUAAAUACAUUUUCUACUGUACAGACAAAGAAAAUUCCUCACCCCAUUACUCAACAACUACGCCCUAAAACAACAUUAAAAUUUAACAACAACUUCACACUUUAAACAACUUUAAGUAGUCCUUACAUUUGAUUUGAAUGUCAGAUAGUCUUGCAACAAAUAGCAAUGAUCCUGUGUCGGUAGUACAAUUGCACAGAGAGUAGCUCUCCCUGCUGACCAAAUGGCCUCAAUGAUCUCCACCUGAGUGUUAUAGGAGUAGUGUAGUUCUCUUGUGGAAUAGGGCGGUGCGUAAGCUGUGUGCAGUUAAGCAAGAGUGAACAAGCAUCAGAGAAAAGAGUGUGAAGAGAGACAGAUACAAAUAUUAAAUUACUACUACUACCACCAUGAGGACGACUAUUUGGAUGACUAUCUUGUUACAGUGGCAGCACCACAAUGUCCAUUAUGGAAAAUGUCCCGACAUUCACUGUGACCACAGGAAGGAAAUGUUAUGCACUUUCAUAGAAAUCCAGAACCAGCCCGCCUCAUGCUUCCACUCCUGUACCAAACAAAACGUUUAUAAAUGUUUGUACUGUCUCUAAAACUGACCAGUUUUGUAAGUGUGGAUGCAGAUAUCGAUCCUCUUCAGUCCUUUAUAAUAACACUGUAGGCAGACACUUCUUGACACAGGUAAAUCAAAAGGUAUGUUUGCAUAAACUACAAUAAUCAUGCCAAUGAUAGUUGAAACCUAACAGUGAGCUGCUUUUCUCUUCCUGAAUGUAGUAAAAAGUUACUGAAAUGCUGUGUGAGUCUCUUUCUUUUUAUAGAGUGACAGCAGCAGCCGCUCAGAGACGCUACAUCCGCCCUGAGAGACACAGCGUGCAGGUCUUCAAAGUCAAUUUGAAAUACAAGCGUCACUUUUCUCGCAUCUAUUUUUUUAGCUUUGCUUCAAACAAGUUAGGACUGAAGAUAACAUGAACUGUGUGUUGCAAUGUUUUAAAUAAUAAAAACAUCUUCUUUAAAUAUAAAACAUGUUUGUACCAAAGCGCCUUACACAUGAGGAGUGAGUCACACCUUACAUGAACACAAAUUAAUACAACUCACAAUCACAUAAAAUGCAGUAAAAACCAGCUACAACAACAACAAAAAGACUUACAGUAAUACAAUGAAACAAUGAAAAGGGGAAGCAGUAUGAAAGUAGUAUGAAAAAAGUUUUGCCUCUAAUGUGGUUGAUUCUAUCUAAAGAAAAUAACGGAUGUCACAUGUUCAUGCGUGACCUGGCUGUUAAUGUGAAUUGUCUCUGAUGCUGCCUGUGGUUUUCCUGAGUACAAGAAGACAGUUCAGUACGUUAAAGUCUCGGUGUAGUCAGACACACAAGUAUCUUUUUGGAGGAUUGUGGACCGUCUCAGCAUUCAGCUUCAUCAUGGCUGGAUGCCUGUUGUUUCUCAUCCUCAUGUAUUCUCCUCUCAAGAUUCAAACACAAGUGACACAUCCUCCAUCACCAUACACAGACAAAAACCAGAAAUGAGUCUUCAACAUUUUCCUGGUGAAUACGUUUCCUUUAUUUGCUCUCUGCCUGGAUCUGCUGAUCGUGAUACGACAUGUAACCUGUACUUUGGAGAAUCAAGUCAUCCAGUUCAAACAAAAACCAUCUGGAAAAAAAGAAACUCAAAGAAUCAGUGGAUCUGCCAGUUUACUGUCACAACUGAAGAUCUGCUGAGACGUCUACGUUCAGUUCAACAAAGUGAUGCCAGCUGUGAUUACACUUUGAGAAGUGAACCCAACUCUUUGUCUCCUCGUAGUCAUGGAUACAGCUUGACUGAUAUUGUGAAAAAAGAGUCAAGCUUCACCCAGACAAUGUCAACACUUAGUAUGACCACAGGUUUGACCGUUGACAGGUCUGAUGCUUCUACAUCAGCAGGUUGGCCUGUUGGUACGCACAGUAGUACUGUUGUUUCUACAUCUACUUCACCAACACCAGUGAAACCAGCAUCAGAAACAGAUACUAGUCUGACUUCUAUGAAUCCAGAGUCUGGUGAUGAAAUAUCAGGUGUGACCGUUUACAGGUCUGGUGCUUCUACUCCUAUAAAACUAACAUCAGCAGGUUGGCCUGUUGGUACGCACAGUAGUACUGUUGGUUCUACAUCUACUUCACCAACACCAGUGAAACCAGCAUCAGGUUCAAGUGUUAGUACGCCGAGCACUAAAGACAGAGAAACCGCGGCUUCAAGUGAGUAUAUGUGA